AUGCUUUUAAGGCGAGCAAUUGCAUUGCUCCUUCUGCUUUUAAUAUCCUCUUGCUCGGGUGAGGAUGUGGUGCUAAAGUGUGAUGAAUAUAAUGAUAAAAUCGGUGGAAUGGAGAAGUUUUGUACCGUUUCGGGGUUUCAAAUUACCCAUUCGCAAAAUAUUAAAAUCACCCCCUACUUUCGGGCAAACCAAACAAAUUUUAUGAAAUUCUAUAACUCCGUGUUGUUGGAUAUACCCGCAAAGCUCUUCGAUGUGUUUAGCAGUUUGAAAACCCUGGAUGUUUCACAUACCGAAAUUGAGGAUAUAUCGCGUAAUACCUUUACCUCGGCCAGCAUGUUGACUACUCUGAAUUUGAGCCAUAAUCUAAUUGAGAAAAUCAAUACCUCGGCAUUUGUGGGUGCGCAUAAUUUAAUGCGUUUGGAUUUGAGCCACAAUCGAAUACAUACACUGGGUUCGUUGGCCUUUCGUGGUUUGACAAAUAUGAAUAAGGUGAUAUUGUCCUAUAAUGCCUUGACCUCAAUACCCACCGAUUUAUUUCUGGAUAAUGCCUAUAUGGAUGCGGUAUAUUUGGAUUACAAUCAAUUGGAGGAGCUGAAGGCGGAAGUGUUUCAUGGGCUGCGUCACAUACGAGAGCUAAAUGUGGCCCACAAUCGUUUGAAACAAUUCGAUCCGCAGACAUUUCAAAAUUCCUAUGGACCGGAAAUGUUGAUAUUGGCCCACAAUCAAUUGAAGGAUUUCCAUUUGCAGAAUAAAACCAUAACCAAACGUUUGGAUUUGGAUUCGAAUCGUUUGAGUAAAUUAAUUGUGAAUGGCACUUCGUUCAUAACGGCCAACAACAACUCCAUAACACAUGUAGAGGUAUGGAAUGGUCAGGAUGUCAACACUUUGCUGUUGAAGCAGAAUAAUCUAAGCGAUAUCAAUAGCAUUGUUUCAUUGGCCCAGCUAACAGAAUUGGAUUUAUCCUAUAAUCCGGUGGGAAAUCCCAAUAUCUCAACAUUCCAAAAUCUGAAACAUCUUACCAUAUUGAAUUUGCGGGCAACAGGCAUUUCCAAACUGGCCUUUGGCAUGUUUUCCAAAUUGGAAAAUCUCGAUGUACUCGAUUUGGCCUAUAACAAUUUGACGGAAUUAAAUCUGGACAUGUUUGUGCCGGCCAAUACCAAUGUGCGUACAUUCUAUGUGGAUGCCAAUAAUUUAACUGAAAUCAAGGGCAAAUAUAGUUUUGCCAAGGCCUUCCCUUCGCUUGUGGAAUUGGGCAUCUCACGCAAUCGCUUCAACUGUUCCUAUCUGCAUUGGCUGCUGAUAAAACCCCAAUUGGGUGAUUUUACCAAACUCCAUAUCGAACACGAUGAUAAUCCGCAGGAACAAACCCAUAUCAGAGAUGUUACCUGCCUCUCGAAUAAGGAUGAGGAAUUGCACAAAGCGGAACAUGAAUUGGCCGAUUCGAAACAUUUUCAAACGGUUAUGAAACAAUCUCUGGACACCAUGAGUGAACAUGCCAAACAAAUGCAAACUUAUCUUCUCGUCCUGUCGUUGAUAUUAUCCUGUUUGGUGGUAUUGGUGGCUACGGUUUGUAUAUUUGGUGGCAUUCAUUAUUGGCGUGUCCAACGGGCGAAAUUUUUUCAACGACGUGGUGGUGUGAUUGUUUUUAAUUCCAAUGCCACAGUUAAUACACAUGUGGAACAAUAG